GUUUGGUACGUUACGUAGCAUGCUUAAGGCCAGCAUCACCCUAGUCUUGUCUCAAAUGUUAGAUGAUAAGCAUUAUAUACCUUUUUUCCGUUCUUGAAUCAUAGUAACUUGACUCUAGCCAAGGGCCUUACAAUGAAAAAAAGUCAGUUGUAUAUAUGGAUCUUGUGGAUGUGAUUCCAACUGUAUAGAAUAUUUAUUUGGAACUUGUUGUUUUUAAUUUUUGGUCCUCAAAAGCACAAAUCAAUAUUGUCUCUACAAGUUACUGACAUACAGAAUUAUAAUUGCUAUUAAGAUAUUCGUCUUAAACAAGUACAUUCCGACCAUUUCAAUACCUAAUUAUCCUUCGCAGUCAGCUUGAUAGUACCCAAAUUAUCUAGGAAACAAGCUAAAACUUCGUUUCAAGUUGUGACAUACAUUUUUGGACUACCUGGCAAUCAAAGGAUCUGUUUAUAAUGACCAAAAGUAUUCGAAGUAAAUCAAAAAGACGGUUUCGUGCGAUUAGACGUAGACGUAGCUUUAAGAAAAUCAAGGAUCAGUUAAUAAAAUCUACCAAGAAAAGUGAAGAAAAUUCAGUCUCUUCCGAACAGUUGGUUGACUCAACUUCAAAUCACAUGGAUAUUGUUCCCAAAAGCUUGCCAAAAAUACUGUGUAAUGAACAUGGAACCUACCCAGUGUGGCUAAGUAAAAAAGAACGCAAAAGACAAAUAAAAAUGAAAAGACAACAGAAAAAACGGUGUCGUCCUAAAAAAGUGUAAACUACAUUAAGAAUGUGAUAGCGUUUUCGUAAUCUUAUUAGUCUUCUGAAAUCACAACUGUAUGUCAGCAGGUUUGCAACUAGGAGUAAGGUUUCGCGUGUCAUUCACCGCUCUUUCAGGCCAAUACACCAUUAAUAAAGUGAGCUUAAAGAAGUAUAUUAUUGUGGGGCAAAAACGGUUGAUUAAAUAUAUAGUCAUCAAAAGGAAAGAGAUACAAAUCUCAAGACAACCAGAAUGAAUCAUUAUUUCUGAAGGAAGUGGCAACUCACUGCUAUCAUCAAGGUGACAGUUUUUCCCUUUCAACCUGAAAAAAUUACCCCAAAUCUAUUGCAUACCAAUAUGUAGAUAGGUUUUUCUAUAAAACACCUGCACUCAAAAUUAUCUAAUUCACUCAACAUUUUCCACGCCAAAAUGACGACAACGAGGAAGCAAAUAUAGUGACUACACUUAGUAAACAUGCGAGAAUUGAUUGAAAGUCACAAUUUUGUACAUGAGCCAGUUUAAGGUGAAUUUCUGACACUAAAAUCAGGUUAUUAAACCGUAAAAACUAGCUUCUCCCUAACUAUAAAAACCAAAUUAUGAAUGAAAUGCUCCAUUUAAAGCAAUUCAUCAAAUCGCAUACAUAUCACUUUAACUAGGAAGACAG